AUGUCUUACGUUGCUUUACCUUCAAAUGAAAUCGAUGAACAAGUAUUCAAUCAGUUUGAGUCGGGUUUAUGGUCAAGUCGUUAUUAUCAAUACGAUGCAUGGCAUGGAUCUCAUCAGCUCAGUCUCUCAUUCGAUCCUGAAACAUCAAAAGUGACAGGCAACGGAUCGGAUGACGUCGGUGAUUACAACAUUGAGGGCAUUUACUCGACAACAACCCAUUGGAUGGGUCUGACAAAGAAAUAUCAAAAUGGCACUGGCGAUCUAUCACAGAAUCUCGGACAUUAUGUUACAAUUCAAGUGACUUGGAAUACAAAUCAACGUCGUUUCGAAGGCAAAUGGUUUGUUCGAACGAACAAGUACAGCGGCGAGAACAAGUUUGAGCUAAAACUGGAGAAAAGCUAUGAAGCAAUCGAAUAACAUAAUUGUAGUCGAGAGUUAAUUAGUUUUUUUUGUCUAUUUUUCAUAUUUUUGUAAACAUAAUGUAAUGAUUACAACCACAGUAUUUUACAUUUGAUUAUUCUCCUGUACUAGAGAAAUAUAUAUUUUUAGUUCGAAUUAUCUUCAUCCAAAUAUCAUUAAGUCUGUUAUCAAAAAUAUUGAUGUGAAUGUUGGUGUGGUUGUGACUACAGCCAUCUACCCACAUCCACACCCUCUGGAUAUUUAGUGCAUUCGAUGGAUCCAUUUGCAUUGCUGUAGGUGCCUACAAAUUUUCUCGUUGUUUCUGUGACAUUAUUCGAUUAGUAGUGGUUCUCAGUUUUCGGAAUAUGAGAUGCUUGGCAAAUGACAAAUAUGCAGCAACUAUUGUGAGCAAAGAUGGUGAAGAGGGAUUGUCGAGCUUGAAUUAUGAAAAGACAAGAUUCAUGAAAGUCAAUAAAUUUAAUAAAAUGCUGACAUGUGAUUGUCGUCCAGUGCAUGUUUCACAUAUGAUUGAAUUCAUCAAUAUGUAACUUGAAUAAUUCUAGGAUUAUAUUUUUCACCAUUGCGUGACAAUAGCACAAGGCGAAUACGAUCGAUUGACGUAUAUAAUCAGAAAGCUGAAUGUUGACCGAUACUAUAUAUCACCUGUAAUUUUAUAUUCAUCACAUUUCUCUCUCUCUCUUUAAGUUCAUGUCAAACAACUAAUCCUUAUAUAUUGAGCAAGUACAAAAAUAAGUUAUUUCAUCACUCGACUCCUCCGCUAAAUCCAAAACAACACUUUUGUAUACUAAUCUACUUACAAACACUUAAGUAAUAAUCCAUUGAGACUACUCAUCCAAGUUUCAUCAAAUGAAUCCAAUGCUUGUUGAACUUAACAAAUGCAUCGGACCCUCGUGCUCAUAUAGAUAACCAAAGCCGCAUCCGCAUUCACACACUGACACCAACUUACCUGCACAACUCCAAAUUGAAUAAUCAAAUGUUUAGUUCUAUUACAUAUAUCAUUCAUCAAAUCGAUAACUUUAAAUCAAGUUCGAUUAAUUACUUUUGAGUUUGGGAAUUUAAACAAAUUUUUUAAUCUUUCGACUUUUGAGGACAACAGUUAUUGUUUACACUUUCAAUAGACCUAUCGAAAUUUCAUUUAUUUUGAACUAUAUCUAUAGUUUUAAAUUAUUCAAUUUUAGAUCUUUAUCAUGGAACUAGUAGUCGAUUGAAUAUCCGGUAUUUUGAAGUCGAAAAUUUGAUCAAAAGUCCAUUCAACGGUUCUUCUUCAGUUUGUAAUUGUUUAACAGUUUUAUCUUUUUCUUUUCGAUAUCAAUCAAACAAACUUUCAAGAUGAACACUGAAAUAUAUUGAAAAAUUUCGACUGGUCCUUGAAACUUAUUUGAAAAUAUCGAUGAGCGUCUUUCGCUUUACGGCGUACUAUUGUUGGAGCAUUUUCUAAUGUUUUAGUCAAAUUGAUUUUUAAAAUAAUGAACGUCACUUCUUGUCACGUUUUUAAUAUUGAGAAACGGCGAUUUUUCUCUCAUCAAAAUACUGCCCAAAACAAUAUUUUCAACUUCAUGAAUCUCACAUUCCAUUUGAUCUAUAUUUAUACAUAGAGAGAGAGAAAUGUUAACUGGCAGUAUGCUACUGUUAUUACAGUACUUUCAUCACUUUAUGUCUAAUGAAAAACAAAAAACACAAGAUAACGACGACAAUGUGUAUCAAAGAUAUCAACAUGAAAAAAAAACAGAUAGAUACAAUUUUGCUGCUGUCAUCGCUUUACUUUUAUCAGUUAAUGUAUAAGUGAAGAUAUUAUAUUUAUUAAUCAAUAGUACCGAGAGAAUCAAUAUCAGAAGUAAUGAUACUUUCGACUUUCAUAUUUAUGGGUCUAUUAACUCAAGUUUUAUCUCAAGAUUCGACGUUGAACUCUUCUGAUGGUAUCGUUAUACAUCAAGUAGAAGUACAAACAAGUAGCAUUGGUCGCAUUAAAUAUGACGAUGGUGAAGUAAUUCUCUAUCAAAAUCAACGCAAGCCAACUGAUAUAUUUUUUACUCCAUUUCCUCGUGUCAAUCCGUUGAGUAGUGAAUGCCAUGAGAACAUACUAAGUGGACACGUCGAAUUAAGUCUAUCCGUCGAACUUUAUACUCCUUUACUUAUUCAAGUUAUUCAAGGUUACAUG